AUGAGUGGUUCAACUUCCAUUUCAACCAAAAAGAAACUUUGGAAUGGACGAACCUUCAUCAACAAUGUGUUUUCAUGGUCUCUCGACGACAUUUUUGACAAGCACGAGGUCGAAUCUAUUGGUUUAUCGUUUCAUUCUGUUCAGCAUUAUUUGAACUCAUUUGUGUCUCCAUUGUUGGAAGAAACCAGAGCGCAGCUUUGUUCUUGUAUUGAAAAUUUUUCGAGUUUACCUUGUGCUAAAGUGUUAUCUCUUGAGCAUUCAAAAUCACUUUCACAUGGUCGUAAUCAAUAUGGUGUUGAAACUGAUACUUUUUCUGGUGAUGGAAAAGAGCUUUAUAAGCCUGGAGGUGUUUUCGUUUUGGCUAAUUUUAAACCCCAAGCUUUUAAUUAUUUGAAAAGGUCUGGAAAUUGGUGGAGUUUUGUCUUGUCUACAGGCAUUUCAAAGGAGGGUGAUACCAAACCUGCUUCUGCUCUUAAUGUCAUCUCUAAAAACCCUCUCAAAGAUGAAAAACCUUUGUUCAUGAUAUUCUUAAUGAAUAUCACUACCAAUAAAAGAAUAUGGACAGGUCUCCAUAUGGAUGGAAAUUCAAAGCUGAUUCACAAAAUUUCAUGUGAUGGAGAUGUGGUUGAGGAAAGUCCUUUUGCUCUUAGUGAUGAUGAAACAUAUCCAAGUUUGUUAUCUUAG